AAAGGGGGCUUCUGUUAGUGAUGGUUUUGUGUCAUCCUGAGGAGCCCCAAGGCUGUGGGAUUUUCACAGUGCUCUCACUGUGACCGCAUCCCAGUGCAGGAAAGGGGCACGGAGCAAGCAGGGCUGAGGCACCCCAGUGGGGAGCACUGCUUCCCUCCUUGCUUGCUCACAGCCCCACGACAGUGUGGGUGCCCAACCUUUCCCUCACAUGAACAUCCUUCACCUGCCACAGCCCCAAGGAGCUGUGAGCAGGACCAGGCAAUACCCCCCCCCCAGUAUCCCAACCCUGCACUGCCCACACACCCCACAGCUCCACCUGACAACCCCGCUCUGUUCCCACAGCAUCCUGCACUAUGGCCGCGGUGCUUCCAGCCGGCAGCAGCACGGAGCCUCAGCACAGCCUCUGCACCCACAACAGCGUGGGCAGCACCUGGCUUCCACGCGAGGAGCCCUGGGGUCGCAGGAACUCCAUCCCACCCGCGCAGGCGCCCACCGCCAGGCACAUGCUGGCCUACCUGCCACGGCCACCCACCGACACCAGCCGCUAUGGCACCUUCCCACAGAAGCCCGAAGUCCCAGCUGCCCCCGUGCUUCUCGCAGAUGCUGCUGCUGAGAGAAGUGCCCUGGUUCCAAACGACCUCUUUUCACCUUGUGGCACCGAUGUUCCUAGCGACCCAGCUCCCAUGCAGAGCUGUGUAGACUCGGAAGCCGUGGGAUCCACCAGGCGCUGGCCCAGUGUCUCCAUUACCACCAGCGAUGUGCCCAAGCACCGCCGGGCCUCACGCCAAGACCACCCGCCUGUGCUGCGUGACGGCGCCUCUCGCUGGUACCCGCGGCACAACCGCAGCGUGCCCAGCAUCCUCAGCCCCACACAGAGCAGGACGCCCAACCGCAGCAUCGUCUCCAUCCCUGCCUCUGAGAGGUUGCAGAGCAGGCGUUGCAAGCUGAUAGAGGACGAGCGGCCGCUGGGUCUGGCCGGCAAGCAGCGGCGCCAGCGCUACGUCACCAAAGUGGGCAAGUGCCAAGUGAACCUGGGCAACAUCCAGGAGAAGAAGAGGUUUCUCUCGGACAUUUUCACCACUAUUGUGGACCUCAAGUAUCGCUGGUUUCUCUUUGUUUUCAUGAUGUGCUAUAUUGUCACCUGGCUUGUCUUCGGCACCAUCUAUUUCUUUGAUGCGUGGAUAAGGGAUGACGUCAACCACAUCGGGGACCCAGAGUGGAAGGCGUGCAUCGAGAACGUGGACAAUUUCAUAUCUGCCUUACUCUUCUCUGUGGAAAGUCAGAGGACCAUUGGCUACGGCUCCAGGAUCGUGACAGCCAACUGCGCUGAGGGCGUCAUCCUGCUGAUGGCGCAGUCCAUCAUCGGGUCCAUGAUUGAUGCCCUUAUGGUGGGGUGCAUGUUUGUCAAGAUCUCCAGGCCCAAGAAGCGUGCCCAGACCUUAAUCUUCAGCAAAAAUUGUGUCAUCUCCCACAGGGACGAGAAACUCUGUCUGAUGUUCCGCAUCGGGGACCUCCGGGAGAGCCACAUGGUGGAUGCAAAAAUAAGAGCCAAGCUGAUCAAAUCCCGACAGACCAAAGAAGGGGAAUUCAUCCCCUUGGAGCAGUCGGAGCUGAACUUAGGCUACGAUACAGGGGAGGACAGGUUGUUCCUGGUGGAGCCCCAGAUCAUCUGCCACGUCAUCAACCAGCACAGCCCCUUCUGGGACCUGUCGGCAGAGUCACUGAAGAGGGAGCAGUUUGAGAUCAUCAUCAUCCUCGAGGGCAUUGUGGAAGCUACGGGGAUGACGUGCCAGGCCCGCACCUCCUACACCGAGGACGAGAUCCUGUGGGGGUACCGCUUCGAACCCUGCAUGUCCCUGGAGAAAGGCGCCUUCCGCGUGGACUACAGCCGCUUCGAGCUGACCUUCGAGGUGCAGACCCCAGCAGUGAGCGCCAGGGAGAUGCAGGAGAUGGCAGAGCUGGAGCGCCAGGACCGCUCCACACCCAGCCUGUGCUGGGAGCUGCUGCCGCAGCCCUGCGGGUCCUGAGCGGGUGGACAUCGAGGCUCAGUGCGACCGCAGAGCUUUGGUUUUGUAUCACGGGGCAAAGAACCCCUCAGCAGAACAUUAA